GGAGGCUGCUCAGCUCUGGCCACUUGCCGCUCUCUUCACCUGUAUCUCGUAGAAACGGAAAGGUGUUAAAGGUGCAGUCAGCCUGCUCGCCUCUGUGGGGCUGGAAGGAGCACCAGGAGGGCCCUGCCUUGAAUCAGGUCAUGGCACAGUGGUGGCAGAUCCUCUUGGGACUGUGGACAGUCGUGCCCACUGUGGCAGGAGACAAGGCGGUCAACGUCUGCAUGAAAGCCAAGCACCACAAGCAAGAGCCUGGCCCGGAAGACAAGCUCUUCUUGGAGUGCAGUCCCUGGAAGGACAAUGCCUGCUGCACCUUCUCCACGAGCUGGGAAGCCCACCUUGACGAGCUCUCGUCCUUUAACUUCAGCAUGAUGCACUGCGGGCUGCUGACCCCCGGCUGUCACAAACACUUCAUCCAGGCCGUCUGCCUUCACGAGUGCUCCCCUAACCUGGGGCCUUGGAUCCAGCUGGUGGUCCCGAACAGGCAGGAAGAGCGGGUUUGGCGCGUGCCUCUGUGCUGGGAGGAUUGCGAAGAAUGGUGGGAAGAUUGCAGCUCAUCCUACACUUGCAAAUCCGACUGGCUUAGUGGCCCGGACUCAAGUCGAGAGAAGAGCUGCCCGGUACCGGCGCCCUGCCGCCCUUUCUCGGAUUACUUCCCCACCCCAGCCGAUCUGUGUGAGAAGAUCUGGAGCAACACGUUCAAGGCCAGCCCCGAGCGCAGGAAUAGUGGGCGGUGUCUGCAGAAGUGGUUCGAGCCCGCCCAGGGCAACCCCAAUGUGGACGCGGCCCUCCACUUUGCCAACUCGGCCUCAGCCCCCCGGGAGAUUUCUUACGCCCUCACAUCCUUCUCUCUGUGCCUGCUGCUCCAUUCCUGAGGGUCCCUUCUCCUACCCACAUUCCUUGACUCUUCUGAGCCUCGGCCAUCCAUCUCCUCCCUCAGGCUGUUCAGGGUGGGGAGCAGACUGGUGCCUGAACUUGACAUGCCUCCCAGGGUCCCCCUCUGCUGCUUGGCUCUGCCUCUACUGGCCCGGGUGGCGGCUGGUACCCAGCAGCCUAAGGUGACUGUUUUUCCUGCCGUUAGGAGUGGGCACUGCUAUAGGACUCCGGGCACUUGCUAUCGUGUGACAGAGACAACGCUGACAGUCAAGUUUCCUGCCCUAUUGUGGUACCUUCAAUAAAAUGACAGGGAAACUCUC